AAUUUAACAUUAUUUUUUGGUCAAAAAAAGUUUACUACAUCUUUUUAAUAAUAAAAAAGUUAUUAAUUUUCUCAAAUCUUCAAGAAAGAAAAAUCACACAAUUUUUGUGGGUUCUUUCUCAACGAAAAAGUUUCAGGGGUAAAAUUAUAAACUUUUCUCGUCUACCUACUGGAUCGGGUUUUAAAAAUUCAAGGUUAGAUUCAAAUUUGAUCUGCACCAAGAUGCUUAAUUUCCUUUGAAAUUUCCAUUCAAUCCACGAGAUUCAGCUUUUGAGAUGAACCAGUUAGUUGAAAGCUCUGCUAAUGCUCAAAGGGUCUCUAGAGUUCAAGCUCCACUGGUGGACUCUGUUUCAUGCUACUGUAAAGUAGAUUCAGGCCUGAAAACAGUGGCAGGGGCAAGGAAAUUUGUUCCAGGAUCAAAGAUAUGUAUCCAACCUGACAUAAAUCCGAAUGCACACAGGAACAAAAAUUUGCGUAGAGAGAAGACAAGAGUUCAGCCUCCUCUGCUACCUGGUCUUCCUGAUGAUCUCGCUAUUGCCUGUUUAAUUCGUGUACCACGGGUUGAGCAUAGGAAACUACGUUUGGUUUGCAAGAGAUGGUAUCGCCUUCUUUCUGGAAAUUUCUUUUAUUCGCUCAGGAAAAGUCUUGGAAUGGCAGAAGAAUGGGUUUACGUCAUCAAAAGAGACCGUGAUGGAAGAAUUUCGUUGCAUGCUUUUGACCCUAUCUACCAAAUAUGGCAAUCCCUUCCACCUGUUCCCGGGGAAUAUUCUGAAGCAUUGGGAUUCGGCUGUGCUGUUCUUAGUGGUUGCCACUUGUACUUAUUUGGUGGAAGAGAUCCAUUGAAGGGAUCUAUGAGGCGUGUCAUUUUCUACAACGCUCGUACAAAUAAAUGGCACAGAGCACCAGACAUGCUGCGCAAACGUCAUCUGUUUGGUUCUUGUGUAAUAAAUAAUUGUCUCUACGUUGCUGGCGGGGAGUGUAAAGGAAUUCAAAGAACUCUUCGAUCUGCUGAAGUUUAUGACCCUAACCGGAACAGGUGGAGCUUUAUCUCCGAGAUGACCACAGCUAUGGUUCCCUUCAUUGGUGUUAUUCAUAAUGGUGCAUGGUUUUUGAAGGGGCUUGGGUCGAAUCGCAAUGUCAUCUGCGAAUCCUAUUCGCAGGAAACUGAUACAUGGACUCCGAUAAGUAAUGGAAUGGUGAAUGGAUGGCGUAACCCUAGUAUCUCAUUGAACGGUCAACUAUAUGCUCUUGAUUGCCAGGAUGGCUGCAAGCUCAAAGUUUACGACGGGGCAACGGAUUCAUGGAAGAAGUUUAUCGAUAGCAGGGUUCAUUUAGGUAGUUCGCGUGCUCUUGAUGCCGCUGCUCUUGUUUCCCUUAAUGGAAAGCUGUGCAUUAUCCGUAACAAUAUGAGCAUCAGUCUAGUCGAUGUUUCGAGUCCGAACAAACGCGUCGAAAGCAAUCCUCACCUUUGGGAAAAUAUUGCUGGAAAGGGUCCUGCCAGGUCUUUAGUUAGAAAUUUAUGGUCAACUAUAGCAGGGCGUGGAGGUUUGAAGAGUCACAUUGUUCACUGUCAAGUUCUUCAAGCAUGAAGUUCUCUGACAAUAAUAUUGGUUACACAGUUAAGGAAAAAAUGUUGGUUUUUUGUGGAAAAUCAAUUGAAACAAGUCUAUCUAUCUACUUUCAGAUUAUUAUGUUUGUAAAGAUGAGGAUUUUGGCAAUAGAAUUUGAGGUCACUACUUCUUCACACAGUCAUGAAUAGGGAGCAUAUUAUAUUGUAAAUGUUGUUUCACUCUAAGGCUGUGUGCCUUUCCUUUAGCUAUUACAAUAUAUAUUUAGGUUUGUAAGCCAUGCAUUGUUGUUGUAUAUGAUUUAUUUGAAAACAUGAUAUCAUAGUUGUAUCAUUAGUCAAGUUUAUUUAUUUCAAGUUAGUAAGGAGAGAAGAGCAUAUCAGAUUAUGUUUGUGGCAAAAACUGUUCCAGAUUGAAGACUAAAUAUGUGAACUUUUGAAUUUCUAAGAAUUUUCCAUGAAUUUCAAAAUUGUAUCCAUCAUAUGUAUGUAUUCAUGUAUUGUUCUCAUUCUGGAGAAUAAGUAGACUCUUUUGGGCUGUAGUAAUAAUGAUUAAAUUUUUAUUUA